AGCAUGUCUGCGCUCGAGUGGUACGCGCACAAGUCCCUGGGCGACGGCAUCUUCUGGAUCCAGGAACGCUUCUACGAGUCGGGCAACCGCGCCAACAUCUGGCUGGUGCGCGGCUCCGAGCAGGACGUGGUGAUCGACACGGGGCUGGGCUUGCGCAGCCUCCCCGAGUACCUGCACUCCGCGGGCCUCCUGCAGCAGGACCGCGAGGCCCAGGAGGACGCGGCGCGCCGGCCGCUGCUGGCCGUGGCCACCCACGUGCACUUCGACCACGCCGGGGGCCUCUACCAGUUCGACCGCGUGGCCGUGCACCACGCCGAGGCCGAGGCGCUGGCUCGCGGGGACAACUUUGAGACCGUGACCUGGCUGUCCGACAGGGAGGUGGUGCGGGCGCCCAGCCCGGGCUGGAGGGCCAGGCAGUUCCGAGUGCAGGCGGUGCAGCCCACCCUCAUCCUGCAGGAUGGGGAUGUCAUCAACCUCGGCGACCGGCAGCUCACUGUCAUGCACAUGCCCGGGCACUCCAGGGGCAGCAUUUGCUUACAUGACAAAGACCGGAAGAUUCUCUUCAGUGGAGAUGUUGUGUAUGAUGGCUCUCUAAUUGACUGGCUCCCCUACAGCAGGAUAAAUGACUAUGUUGGAACCUGUGAAAGGCUGAUAGAAUUAGUAGACAGAGGUCUUGUUGAGAAAGUGCUUCCCGGGCACUUCAAUACCUUUGGUGCUGAAAGGCUUUUCCGGUUGGCUUCUAACUAUAUUUCAAAAGCUGGAAUAUGUCACAAAGUCUCUACUUUUGCCGUGCGAUCUCUUGCAAGUUUAGCUCUUCGUGUGACAAAUUCUAGGACCUCGCCCUAGGAUCUCUGUGAUAAUCUAUUUUGAUUCACUCUCUAAGUUCUCUCUCUAAAUCGAGUUCAUUUGUGCUGU